CAAAAUAUAAUGAACAAAAAAGAAUUAGUGUUGCUAGUAAUUUAAUUUCUACAUUAAAAUAUAAAAGAUAAUGAAGUUUUAUUUCAAUAAUACUAUUUAUAAAUUUAUUGUAACUUCACCUUGGUAAAUGUUAUCAAAAUGGCUUCAUCGGCUGAGGACGACGACGGAAAGAACCGAUUAAAUAAUGAAAUAAAAGCUGAACCGACUUUAUUGGCAGUAAAUAAUGAUGAUGACAAGCAGAUUACGAAUCAGCGAAAUAAUAGACUGUCUAAUUUAAAAGGGGCUGCAUUCUUUACGUCUUUGACUACGGCUUCUCUUUUGUUUGGCUUUGGAACAACGGUAGCCAUGGCUAAGAAGAAAGACCCUGCCAUGUUUGCUAAGACCUUGAUACCCAGCCGAGAAUACCCUGUCACUGGACAUGCGUUUGCUGCUCGUGCACUUGCAUGGGGGACAUUAUAUUCAAUCUCUGGUGUCUCCCUUCUAACGUUUGCUGUGUGGAAAAUGCUUGGAGUUCACAAUUUGGUAGAAUUCCGAGAAAAAAUUCAAAGCCUGAUGCCAAAAGUUCCAAAAAAACAACCCCAAGAAGGUCGAACAGAAUUUAAAAAUCUAACAGAUUUGAUGCAGUAUAUAAUAGAUAUUGAUGCUGAGGAGAAGAAAAAAAAAUUAGCCAAAACCAAUUCUAAUGUCUCAGGAAGUUGAUUACGACAAGAAUGGUUGGUUUGGUUUUCAGUUCCAAAAUCUCAAUUUGGAAUAUUUGUUUUUAGAAAUUUGAUUUUAUUGAUGUGAAAAUUAAGUUUAUUAUUUGUACAAAAAUGAAACAUAUUCCAAGAAGAAUGCCACGUCAGAGACUGAAACUGAUCUCGUAUUUCUCUGCUAAUGAUUUCCAUCUAAAAAUAUACUCGUUAAUUUUAAUAAGGCUGUAAUUAACUUCAGUAAUGGGUUCUUACCAUCAUUGUAAAAGAAGAAGGGACCUGUAUACAGUUGUUUGACCUGACAGAAAUAUUUUCCAAAUCUCCCUCAAUGUUUUAAAAGAAACUCUUAGAUACAGAAGCCCAGGUCAAAGGUGAAACGCUUUUGAUAAUUUGGCUCAAUGAUCACUGAUAGAGCUCUACAGCAACAGAAGAUAUUACAUAACCUCAUUUAACUUUGGCUUGAGUGAUAUCCCAGGAAUCCAAAUUCUUGGCUAUCCCCACGUCAAGACUGGUCUUUAAGAAAGUCCCCUGAUACAGCAACUCCAGGUUCCUAUUCCUGGUAUAACUAGUGUUUUUAAGGGAUGCCUACAUCCUCACCAUUUAACGUCUCUAUUCCAUGCUAGCAUGGGUGGGACGGUACCACAAGAACCGGCCAGGCCAAAGCCUGCACCAGAACCUCUGUGAUAUAAACAGAGGAAGAUAGCAUUAGUUUAAUAUUGGUUACAUUUGUUCCAGUAGCAUGUUUCCCUCCAUAUAUAAGCUAUACGUUUCACCUUACAUAUAGAUGAUUAUCUCUGAUAAAUUACAUAAGAGCCAUAUAAGUUUACCCAUUGUUGAUUGGGAAGAAUGACAUUUCAUCUGACACUUACGACACUUUGCUAUUAUCCGUGAUAUGUGGGAGAGUUGUAUAGUAUUGCUUAUAUGCGGAGGGAGACAUACAACAACAACAAUAAUAAUAAUACUUUCUUUAUUGGUGACAAGGGCCCACACAAAAAACAAAAACAAACAAGGGACGGUGGGGUUUAGACGAUGCGUGUAAAUAGUAAAACAAUUAACAAUAGAAUUCAGACAAUUAAAUUCCCGAAAAGCGGGGGAAUCCAAACAGGAACUUCCAAGGAACCCCCACACACCCCAAUCACUCAGGGCACCCCUUUUCCCUUCACCCUCCCCAGCCUACAAGCGCAUACUUAGUGUAGGCUCACUCACACAGGACAUCCUGGCCACAUUCAUCCACCUUUCGAUGAACUUGGCAACGGCACCUCCCUCACCACCCUCACCUUUCUUUUCAGGUGGAACCUAAAAAAAAGGUAAUGGAUCUUUGGCCAAAGAGGAAAGUGCCUGUCUUCAGACGUGUCCACCACACAAACUCUUUUACCAUAGCCGCCAGACAGGGGAAAACUGCCUGACCUUCCUGGCUAAAGGGUGAUCUUCAUGAUGGACUCGGACGAUAGUCAGAUCCAUCCCACAUGCGGCCACAGCUGUUCAACAAAGCUCCACAAGUCAGCAGUGCUCAGGCACUAUAUGAGUGUGUGUAGGACAGGGGUCAUCACUCUGUGUGCAUCUCAGAUAGGACCAGCUGACUGCACUUCUAUAGAGCUUGUCUCAAACUGGUAGAGCACUGCCAGGCCAGCAAUUUCUGGAAAUUAUCCAUGGGCCCCUGCCUGAACAUUCUCUGGAAAAGACCACCCAACUAAUCAUCUGCAACACCCAGAGAUUCCCCCAGAAUGUCAUCGUUCUUGCCUUCCACUAAUCCCCUAUAGAACUCUUAAGAUGGAGCUUCCACCAACUGCUCAACUGGCUGAGAGCUGUGAGCACUUAGAGACACAAAGUGGUUUUGAAGUUUCCAGAUAUUUUCUCCAUUUCACUGUUGGUUUUUAUAUUUUCUGUGUCUUGUUUAUUAUCAAAGUACAAGGCUCACCAUCUGAGUCUGCGAAUGAAUUCAUUGGUUUUUGCUAUUAGUUCCUUCAAAUAAACAUUCUUAAGUGGUUUGGGUGUAUCCUUUAAAGAUGUAUCAAUUUCAAUUAUUCCCCAUUUUGCCAGUAUGGUCCUUUUAUAUAUUUAUACCAGAGCAAUAAAUAAAAGUUAGUUAUUAACUUCGAUUAGAGGUUGUGUUAACCUCAUGAAGGGAUGGUUUCAUCCAAGGAAAUACUGGUUCAAUCCCUAGUAUUUUAGGGAAAUUAAUUCCCUUAAAAAUAAUAGGUAUAUAUAUAUAAACAUAUACUUUAUAUUGAUAUAAAAGAAGAGAAAGAAAAUGGAGAUUGGGAAGUUAAUAAUCGUUUAUUAUUAACAGAAAAUUAAUCAUCAUCCAUUGCAGCUGUUUCAAUUUAUAUAUAUAUUAACUGGUUUAUGAAAAAAAUUAAUUCUUCUUUGUCAAAUUUAUUGGUAGUGCUAGAUAAGAUUCAUACUGCCUGUUUAUGAUAUCACAUCACGGAGUUUUCAUUCAUGCACAAAAAACAUUUUAACUUAAAUGUAAAAACUAAACAUAAGUAACCAAUAUCAUAUACCUGUAAGACAUAAAAUGUAAACGGAAUGGAAACAUAAUUGUGUAUCAAUUUAUUUAUCCUUUACUGGUAAUGUUAAAAAGAAAAGAUAAAUCAAGGCAAAAUGCACUGAAGCCAUAAAUUAUACAAGGAAAUGUUUCUUUCAAAGCCUCUCAAAAAGAGUCACUAGGGGCUUCUUAUGUAGCUCUGCGUUUGAGCUUGCAAUAAGGAUGUCAUCUAAGUAUGCAAAGACAAAAUCAAGGACCCCUGCACACAGUGGCCAUCAGGCGUUGGAAGGAUUGUGCUGCGUUUCUCAGCCCAAAGGGUGUACGUAGCAAUUCGUACAGACUGAACGGAGUGAUCACAGCGGUUUUCGGUACAUCGUAGUCUUGUACUGGUAUUUGGUGGUUUCCCCGGAUGAGGUCAACCUUGGAGAAAACCAAGCACCCAACUGGCUGGGCUGAAAAAUUUUGUAUGUUUGGAAUGGGGUAGCAGUCAGAUGUAUCUGCGU